AGACGCGAGCUUGUGAAAAAACAUAAAAUUCUAUACUGAAAAACAAGAAUAUUUAACUAAAAAAAUAAUAUUGUAUAGCAAUAAAAUUAAAAUAAUAAUAUACUAAAUAAAAUUAAGAUUUUCAACAGCAAAAAAAAAUCUAUAUAAUAAUUAUUAAGAAAAUAAAUUUGUUGGGGUGAAAAACACAACAAUAAAAAAAGAAACCAUUGAGAAAAAAUCUAGUAUAACAAGAAAGAAAAUCCUAUAAGAUAUAUAAUACAGACAUUUUGUUGUAUAUUUCUAAUUAAUAUUUUGUAAUAAUUUUUAUAAAUUAAUAAAAAAAAAAGGAAGGUCUUUUACCCCGUGACCCAUAUUUGUUGAGGCAGAUAAGUUUUAUUUUAUUGUAGCUUGUUGUUGUUUUCACUACAACACAAUUACAUUGAAUUACAGCAGCGUGUGCAUUUUACCGCUACUGCAUAUAUUGCAGCAGUAGCAGCGGCCUUUGCUGUCUGCAGUUUUGGAGCGUUUUUAGAGUGUGAGUGUGAGCCUAUCUAUCGGUCUGCUGUGCGUCCGUGUGCGUGCUAAAGCUGCAUGAUAUCUUUGAGUGCUUUACUAACAUCAUUGGGAGUUAUGAGCCAACAAAAUCAAAAUUUACAACAACAAGGUGCUAAUAACAACAACCAAAAUCAAAACAACAAUCCCCUGCAUAAUCAUAAUGCGCCUGGUGGAGGUGGACAGGCGGCUGGCAAUGCUGCAGCCAUAGCAGCAGCAAAUCAAAAUCCAGCUGCUGAAGGGAGCAUGGAAAGGGGCAGCUGCUUAUUACGUUAUGCCAGCCAAAAUUCUUUAGAUGAAAGUUCUCAAAAGCACAUACAAAGACCCAACAGUAAAGAUCGUUGUGUGGGCCAAUAUCACAAUGAACUGCAUACCACGCGUUCUUUCGAAGCCAUGAACGAGAUGCGCAAGCAAAAUCUUUUAUGCGAUGUUACACUGGUAGCAGAGGAUAUUGAAAUACCAGCCCAUAAAAUGGUGUUGGCCUCAUGCAGUCCUUAUUUCUACGCCAUGUUUACGAGUUUCGAAGAAUCGCGUCAAGGACGUAUAACCCUGCAGGGCAUAGAUCAUCAUGCCUUGGAACUGUUGAUAGAAUAUGUUUACACUUCCACCGUCGAAGUGAAUGAGGAUAAUGUACAAGUACUGUUGACAGCGGCCAAUCUGCUGCAAUUGACCGAUGUCAGAGAUGCCUGUUGUGAUUAUUUGCAAACACAAUUAGAUGCCAGUAAUUGUUUGGGUAUACGAGACUUUGCCGAUAUGCAUGGUUGUGUUGAUUUGGUUAAUUAUGCCGAGACUUAUAUUGAACAACAUUUUAAUGAAGUCAUCCAGUUUGAUGAAUUUUUAAAUUUAACAUCCGAACAGGUUAUAAAUCUCAUACGCAAUGAUCGUAUUUCUGUCGCGGGCGAAGAAAAGGUUUAUGAGUCUGUCAUCAAUUGGAUACGCUAUGAUCCCACACUACGUGAUCAAUACACGGCCGAGCUAAUGGAACACGUACGUUUGCCCUUGCUGUCCAAGGAGUAUAUAACACAAAAUGUCGAUAAGGAAGCCCUGUUGGAGGGAAAUAUUGUUUGUAAAAAUUUGAUUAUUGAAGCAUUAACAUAUCAUUUGUUGCCGAACGAAAUAAAAACAGCCAGGACUAUACCAAGGAAACCAGUAGGUUUGCCCAAAAUUCUGUUGGUUAUAGGAGGUCAGGCGCCAAAGGCUAUACGUUCGGUGGAAUGUUAUGAUUUGAGAGAGGAGAAAUGGUAUCAGGCAGCUGAAAUGCCAAACCGUAGAUGCCGAGCGGGUUUAGCUGUUUUGGGUGAUCGAGUUUAUGCUGUGGGUGGCUUUAAUGGCUCUUUACGUGUACGCACCGUAGAUGUUUAUGAUCCCGCCACUGAUCAAUGGUCUACUAGCAAUAGCAUGGAAGCUAGACGUUCUACUCUGGGUGUGGCCGUUCUAAAUGGCUGCAUUUAUGCUGUGGGUGGUUUUGAUGGCACCACUGGCCUAUGCAGUGCCGAGGUUUAUGAUCCCAAGAACGAAGUUUGGCGUUUCAUAGCCUCCAUGUCUACCCGACGCAGCUCGGUAGGUGUAGGCGUGGUUAAUAGUUUGCUCUAUGCCGUGGGUGGCUAUGACGGCUUUACCCGCCAAUGCUUGUCUUCGGUUGAACGUUAUAAUCCUGACAAUGACAAUUGGCAUGCUGUGGCUGAUAUGUCAGCCCGUCGUAGUGGUGCCGGUGUUGGUGUUCUUAAUAAUAUUUUGUAUGCUGUGGGAGGACAUGAUGGACCCAUGGUGCGUAAAUCGGUUGAAUCUUAUGAUCCCGAAACAAAUCAAUGGCACUCGGUGGCCGACAUGUCAUUCUGUCGUCGUAAUGCUGGAGUAGUUGCUCAUGAUGGACUACUGUAUGUGGUGGGUGGCGAUGAUGGUGAUUCCAAUUUAUCUUCGGUUGAGGUUUAUAGUCCUGAGUCGGACUCUUGGCGCAUUUUGACAGCUUCGAUGACCAUUGGUCGCAGUUAUGCUGGUGUGUGUAUGAUAGAUAAACCCAUGUGAAUAGAAGAGCAGGGUGCAUUAGCACGACAAGCGGCCAUUAUCUCUAUAAAUGGUAUUGUGGAUGAUGAGAACAGUCAAGCUGAGGGUACAAUUGAAGGUGCUGUGGGUUAUGUACGCAAUGACCAACAACAACUGCAGCAGCAGCAGCAGCAACAAUCACAAAAUAACAACACUAAUCAGCAGCAACAACAACAACAGCAAUUACAACAGCCUCUAAUUCAUCCACAUUAUGAAAAUAUUUACGAAAGUAUAGAACAAUAUAAUGCAGCCGCUCAUGGUGGUGCAGUAGUUGGUGCAGCAGUUGUUGGAGCAGCAGCUGCUGUAGCACCAAUUAAUGCAGCCAAUAAUAAUAAUGCUAAUGCCCCUGCCGAAGAACCGCAACAACAACCAACUCUGGCCCAACCACAAGCUCUACAACAGCAGCAGCAGCCACAACAAGCCACAAAUAAUGAAAAUAAUACUCAACAAGGGAAACAAUCAAGACUGGCAGCUAACAAUAUUAACUAUCGCAAUGAUUUAUACGAUCGCUCAAAUGCCAUUAACUUAAAUGCAGCCCAAACGAAUGCAGGUCUAGCAGCAGCAGCAGCUGGCAGUAAUAAUAACUAUGAUAUACCAAGAUCUGUAAGAUCAGGUUUAGGAUUUCGAAGAAAUUUUCAAUUAGAUUUACAUGCUGCCAAUCCCCGCUUUAAUGCUUUUCGCUGUAACGGUGUCACCUGCAAUCACUACAGCACCACCACCACCUCAUCCUCUGCUUCCUCUUCAUCGUGUCAUCGUCAACGCAGUUUCGACGAUACUGAAUCGCAAAACUAUUACAAUCUGAAUCACUAUCAGCCACCAGUACGUUAUGAAAAUAUCUAUGAGCAAAUACGUGACGAGCCCAUUUAUCGCAAUACAAACGGUGCUCGCGUGUAUGGCCGUUUAAAUGUCAUUGGUCAUGGUAUUGGACGCAUUGAACGCCAUUUGAGUUCAUCGUGCGGUAAUAUUGAUCAUUACAAUUUGGGUGGCCAUUACGCGGUAUUAGGUCAUUCACAUUUCGGUACUGUGGGUCAUAUACGUUUGAAUACGGGUUCCAGUAUUAGUAGCACUAGUACUACCAAUAGUUCCAGUGUUACUUCAACUGUUAGUUGUAAUUCAUCGACAUGCAGUGGUGGCGCAGGAGCUGUUGGUGCCACAUCGUCCACAAGUAUCCAAAGGGAUGGCACUAAUAAUGUUAAGAACAGUUCCUCGUCAUUCUUUAGCUGUUUGCAUGGUGAAAAUACUCAAAGUAUGAGUAAUAUUUAUAAAGCAUCCGGUAAUGGUGGCUCCUCGUCCAUCAAUAGUCACUUGAAUAUGGGCUCCAAUAAUUUGAGUGUUAAUAACACACCAAAUAGUUCCAAAGAUCGUGAAUCACGUGCCGCUUCCGCUGGGCCUCUAAUAAAUCCCAAUGCAAAUGGUAACAAGGAAACCACACCAACCACAUCUUCCACACGAACAACAGGAGCCAUACCCAAAAUUAAAGCAUUAAAUUUAGGCUCGAAACAAAACUCCAAUACUUCACAACAGAAUUCCAAUACAACAACGACUGAAAAGACAACUGUAACAUCACUGAAAAAUGCUCUCACCAAGAAAUCAUCAUCCUCAUCAAACGCUUCAAUGUCAUCAACAUCGACACAAGCCCAAAAAUCACAAACAUCUGUAUCGAAAAGCUCAAAUAACCAGAACUCAACAAUGGCUGAACAAAAUAACAGCACUUUAAAUCGUAUUUCCAAAUCUAGCCUACAAUGGCUAUUGGUCAAUAAAUGGCUUCCUCUAUGGAUGGGUCAGGGUGCCGACUGCAAAGUAAUCGACUUUAAUUUUAUGUUUUCUCGCGACUGUGUCGAUUGUGAUGCAGCCUCAGCAGCCGCUCAAAUGUCCAAUCCUUAUGGUACACCACGUCUCACAGGUCUGCCACAAGAUAUCGUACGUUUUAAUGCCAGGGCAGAAAUGCAUGCAGCAGCUACUUAUCGCCGACAAAAUGAUCUUAAUACGUCAAGACCAGUGCACAACACUUUGAAUCGUUUGAGAGAGGCCGAACCUAGUCCUUAUGCCAGACGCUAUGAGGAUCCUUCAUAUGAAAAUGUGCAUGUACAAUGGCAAAAUGGUUUUGAAUUUGGUAGAUCCCGAGAUUAUGAUCAUUCUAUUGCAACAGCAGCUACAGCAACUGGACCUUAUCAGUCGCCAGCUGCUCAACGGGCUCCCCUGCAACGGGCACGUUCAGAAAGCCCCACUUUAAAUCAACGCAAUAAUACUUAUGCCUCUAGACGUUUAAGGCCAGUAAAUAACUUAUCAACUAAUCAAGCUGCCGCUGCCUCUAACCCUCCUUCCUCUUCUAAUGCCAACACAGCCACCAACAGUGUCAAAUUUAAAGAUACUUAUCGUAAUUUUGAAAAUAAAACUGAAAAUAACAACUUUAAACCCAAUUUAACAAAGGCAGAGACUUUAGAUGUUGUCGAAAAUGUUGCCACAUUGCCUUUACCAAAGCCAGCAGUUUCGGCUACUGCCGAAUCAUCACCCUUAGAAGAUUUAGAAGGUGCUGUGGGCGGUUUAGUAGUGGAAAUAAAAGCAACGAGUGAGCCAACUCCGUCAACAUCCUCAUCAUCAUCUGUAGUAACGGCGAAUGAAGUUAACAAUUUGGAAACUGCUGCCCCCGUUGCCCAACCUAUUGAUUUGCCGGACAACGAUAAUUUGCCAAUUUUAACAAAUAAUUUAGAUGUUAAAACUACCAAUACUAGUAAUGAACAAAAGGAUAUUUAAGUUUUAAGUGUAUAUUAAAGGCAAUGUAAGUUUUUUUAAAACUUAAAAGAAAGACAAAAUUGUUGUAGGAGAAAAUGAAACACAUUCAUGUCAAAUUUAAGUUAUCGAAAAAUAUUACAAUCGGCAACUUUUCUAUAAA